AUGGCAUCCUCGUAUAUGUCUAUUACGCAAACAGUUUCAUCUAAACUAUCUGCAAGGAAAAAUAUCUUUAGCUCAUGCUCAGAUUAUUACGCGGGAAAUUUCCGAGUGUUAUCAAAGAGUCGCAAGGUUUUUGGCAAUCCGAUUUCUCGAUUGGACCGAUUACACUCAAAACAAAAGACUUUGAAACUUCAGACGAGGGCAAGAAAAUUAGGACCAGAAAAGGAAGAGAAAGAGGAGGAUGACGAUGAUAGGGAAGAGACUGAAGAGAAAGAGAAGGAAGACGAAGAAGACGAUCUAGCAGAGGAGGCAGUGCUAAAACUAUACACCGAUAUUAAGGACCGAAACAUCAAUGGAAUAUCAGAAGUUAUUGGAGAUGAAUGCCAAUGCUUUUGCAAUUUCUUAUCUACUUAUCGACUCUUGCAAGGCAAGAAACAAGUGAUGGCUUUUUUCUACUGGUUGAUGAUGAAGCUGGGGAAAGAUAUCAAGAUUGUUGUUAAACCAACGUCCAAAGAUGGCAUGACCAUUGGUGUUCAAUGGCAACUCGAAUGGGAGAAACCACAAAUCCAAUUGGGGAAGGGAUUCAGCUUCCACAUUUGCCAUGUUUACCAAGGAAAGCUGUUGAUAAAGAAUGUAGAGAUGUUCAUGGAGCCAAUCUUUCACAUAGAGCCUCUAAGACUAAGAACUAUGGCGUUUGGAGUCAGUGUGGCUGAGAAGAUAGUCACUUUCUUGAAACCAGCAGGAAACAUAAGAAGACAAGCAAUGACACUUCUCCUACUUGCUCUUUUGUUGUUUGCUGCAGCCGCUUUCUACUUCACCCGACCCAGAUUUUGA